CCUCACUCAUUACUGUACACGUUGGUGCCACACCCAUUUCCCCAACAGUCAUAGUGGACCUAAGCAUCGCCAGAAAGGAUGUAGUAUUCUUGCUGGAUGGUUCUGAUGGCACUAGGAAUGGCUUCCCAGAAAUGCGUGACUUUGUUCAAAGAGUAGUGGAGAAACUCACUGUAGGGGAGAACAGAGAUCGAGUCUCUGUGGUACAGUAUAGCAGAGAACCAGAGGUCCACUUCUAUCUGAACACUUACACAAGAAAAGAAGAGGUUGUUGACACCGUAAGAGGGCUGAAGCACAAAGGAGGGAGACCCCUCAACACUGGAGCAGCUCUCCAGUAUGUCAGGGACUACGUCUUUACUGCCUCCUCUGGAAGUAGGCGCCUUGAAAGUGUUCCACAGAUUCUGAUACUGCUAAAUGGUGGAAGGUCCUUUGACAAUGUAGAUAAACCAGCUUCUGCUCUCAAGGAGCUUGGUGUCUUGGUAUUUGUAAUUGGAACAAGGAGCUCUGAUAGCAGAGAGUUACAGAAGAUAUCCUAUGACCCCAGUUAUGCUCUCUCCGUGUCUGAAUUCACUGACCUCCCCAACAUCCAACAGCAGCUUCUUUCUGCCAUGAACACUGCCGUUAUACAGGACACAACCAUGACACCAACACUAAUACCAACAAUACUAGUUGAGAGUCAGGCUCCCAGGAGGGAUGUUGUGUUCUUGCUGGAUGGAUCUGAUGGCACUAGGAGUGGAUUCCCAGCCAUGCGUGACUUUGUUCAAAGAGUGGUGGAGACACUCAGUGUGGAUGAGAACAAAGAUCGCGUUGCGGUGGUCCAGUACAGUAGAGAUCCAGCCGCCCAAUUCUAUCUGAACACAUACACAACAAAGGGAGAGAUUCUCAACACUGUAAGAGGUCUGAGACACAAAGGCGGGAGACCUCUCAACACUGGAGCAGCUCUCCAGUACGUGAGGGACAAUGUCUUUACUGCCUCCUCCGGAAGCAGACGCUUGGAAGGCGUUCCACAGCUACUGAUUCUGUUGAGUGGUGGAAGGUCUGUUGACAAUGUUGACACGCCAGCCUCUGCUCUGAAGGAGCUUGGGGUUUUGGUCUUUGGAAUUGGAACAAGGAGCUCUGAUAGCAGAGAAUUGCAGAGGAUAUCACAUGAUCCCAGUUACGCUCUGUCUGUCUCAGACUUUACUGACCUUCCGAGCAUCCAGCAGCAACUUCUGUCCUCGGUGGAGGCAGUGGUUAUUGAUGUUACUCCAGAAUCACCAACAGUUUUAGUUGAUCAUGACACCGCCAGAAAGGAUGUGGUAUUCCUUCUGGAUGGUUCUGAUGGCACAAGGAAUGGAUUCCCAGCAAUGCGUGAUUUUGUUCAGAGAGUAGUAGAGAAACUCAAUGUGGGAGGAGACAAAGACCGCGUUUCUGUGGUCCAGUACGGUAGAGAUCAAGAAGUUAAUUUCUAUCUGAACACAUACACCACGAAGGGUGACAUUCUUGACAUCGUCAGAGGUCUGAGGCACAGAGGAGGUAGACCCCUCAACACUGGGGCAGCCCUCCAGUAUGUAAGGGACAACGUUUUUACUGCCUCCUCAGGAAGCAGAAGCCAAGAGGGUGUCCCUCAGAUGCUGAUACUGCUGAGUGGCGGGAGGUCCAAUGAUAAUGUUGAUAUACCAGUUUCUGCCCUCAAAGAGAGUGGGGUCUUGAUCUUUGGCAUUGGAAACAGAAAUUCUAGCAAAGAGGUUCAAAGGAUUGCCUCUGAUCCCAGUUAUUCCCAGUCUGUUUCUGAAUUCUCUGAUCUCCCCAGCGUCCAGGAUAAGUUUUUCUCCUCACUCAUUACUGUACACGUUGGUGCCACACCCAUUUCCCCAACAGUCAUAGUGGACCUAAGCAUCGCCAGAAAGGAUGUAGUAUUCUUGCUGGAUGGUUCUGAUGGCACUAGGAAUGGCUUCCCAGAAAUGCGUGACUUUGUUCAAAGAGUAGUGGAGAAACUCACUGUAGGGGAGAACAGAGAUCGAGUCUCUGUGGUACAGUAUAGCAGAGAACCAGAGGUCCACUUCUAUCUGAACACUUACACAAGAAAAGAAGAGGUUGUUGACACCGUAAGAGGGCUGAAGCACAAAGGAGGGAGACCCCUCAACACUGGAGCAGCUCUCCAGUAUGUCAGGGACUACGUCUUUACUGCCUCCUCUGGAAGUAGGCGCCUUGAAAGUGUUCCACAGAUUCUGAUACUGCUAAAUGGUGGAAGGUCCUUUGACAAUGUAGAUAAACCAGCUUCUGCUCUCAAGGAGCUUGGUGUCUUGGUAUUUGUAAUUGGAACAAGGAGCUCUGAUAGCAGAGAGUUACAGAAGAUAUCCUAUGACCCCAGUUAUGCUCUCUCCGUGUCUGAAUUCACUGACCUCCCCAACAUCCAACAGCAGCUUCUUUCUGCCAUGAACACUGCCGUUAUACAGGACACAACCAUGACACCAACACUAAUACCAACAAUACUAGUUGAGAGUCAGGCUCCCAGGAGGGAUGUUGUGUUCUUGCUGGAUGGAUCUGAUGGCACUAGGAGUGGAUUCCCAGCCAUGCGUGACUUUGUUCAAAGAGUGGUGGAGACACUCAGUGUGGAUGAGAACAAAGAUCGCGUUGCGGUGGUCCAGUACAGUAGAGAUCCAGCCGCCCAAUUCUAUCUGAACACAUACACAACAAAGGGAGAGAUUCUCAACACUGUAAGAGGUCUGAGACACAAAGGCGGGAGACCUCUCAACACUGGAGCAGCUCUCCAGUACGUGAGGGACAAUGUCUUUACUGCCUCCUCCGGAAGCAGACGCUUGGAAGGCGUUCCACAGCUACUGAUUCUGUUGAGUGGUGGAAGGUCCGUUGACAAUGUUGACACGCCAGCCUCUGCUCUGAAGGAGCUUGGGGUUUUGGUCUUUGGAAUUGGAACAAGGAGCUCUGAUAGCAGAGAAUUGCAGAGGAUAUCACAUGAUCCCAGUUACGCUCUGUCUGUCUCAGACUUUACUGACCUUCCGAGCAUCCAGCAGCAACUUCUGUCCUCGGUGGAGGCAGUGGUUAUUGAUGUUACUCCAGAAUCACCAACAGUUUUAGUUGAUCAUGACACCACCAGAAAGGAUGUGGUAUUCCUUCUGGAUGGUUCUGAUGGCACAAGGAAUGGAUUCCCAGCAAUGCGUGAUUUUGUUCAGAGAGUAGUAGAGAAACUCAAUGUGGGAGGAGACAAAGACCGCGUUUCUGUGGUCCAGUAUGGUAGAGAUCAAGAAGUAAAUUUCUAUCUGAACACAUACACCACGAAGGGUGACAUUCUUGACAUCGUCAGAGGUCUGAGGCACAGAGGAGGUAGACCCCUCAACACUGGGGCAGCCCUCCAGUAUGUAAGGGACAACGUUUUUACUGCCUCCUCAGGAAGCAGAAGCCAAGAGGGUGUCCCUCAGAUGCUGAUACUGCUGAGUGGCGGGAGGUCCAAUGAUAAUGUUGAUACACCAGCCUCUGCUCUGAAAAAAAUUGGAGUUAUGAUAUUCAGUGUUGGAUCUCGAGCCUCAGACAUUAAUGAGUUACAACGCAUUUCCUUUGAUCCAAGUUAUGCUCUUUCAGUGUCUGAGUUCAGUGAUCUUCCAAACAUCCAAGAGCAGCUACUCACAAGAGUUGAAACUUUCAAUAUUAGUCUUAUGGGAGAAACUAUGAUGGGACAUAGAGAUGUUGUAUUUCUUCUGGAUGGUUCUGAUGGCACAAGGAAUGGAUUCCCAGCAAUGCGUGAUUUUUUACUCAAAGUAGUGGAGAAUCUCAAUGUGGGAGGAAACAAAGACCGCAUUUCCGUGGUUCAGUAUAGUAGAAAUCAAGAGGUACAUUUCUAUCUGAACACAUACACCAAAAAGGAGAACAUUCUUGAAAGCAUAAGACAUCUGAGGCACAAAGGUGGUAGACCCCUCAACACAGGGGCAGCACUCCAGUUCGUUAAAGACCACAUCUUUAAAGACACCUCUGGAAGCAGACGUUAUGAAGGUGUCCCUCAGAUAUUGAUUUUGCUGAGUGGUGGACAGUCAAAUGACGCUGUUAGCCAAGCAGCCUUUGAUUUGAAAGGUCAAGGAAUUCAGAGUGUUGGCAUUGCCAUCAGACAGGCCGACACUAGAGAAAUGCAGUCAAUUACGUCUGAUCCACAGCUCAUCCUUGUGGCACGAGACUUUUCAGAUCUGUCAGCAAUGCACCUGGAGCUUUUAUCAUCAAUUGCUCAGGUUUCCAGUCCUGGUUUGAUAGGUAAAACUUUUUUUUGUUCUCUCAGUCUAUUUAACCAGUUGAUUGCUCUGUGAUGUUAAAAUCUGUUAGAUCUACUGGUAUAGUCAUCUACUCUUUCCUAGCAAGAUGUUUGCUACAUUCUACAAAAUAAUGUGUUGAAAUAUUUUAACAGUUUUAGAAGUAUUGAAGCUGCUCAUUCAUUAAAGUGUCAUCAAUGAAAAUGGGUGACCAUGGAUUGUUUAAUAGCAUCCUCACCUCAUUUGUCAAAUCCUACAACAUCUUGAUUAACCCUUCUUUCAUAUUGCUCUCUCAUUCAUUUUUGCUUCUACAUUUUUCUUUCAAAGAUUUUUCUUGAAUAUUCCGAGUGAAAUCCUUCCACUUUGCAUUCAUGCUUAUG